AUGAGCAUAUCAGGCCAGUCGCUGCUGCUGGCGCCUAUGCCAUCCCAUCUCUCACCCCUCACUGACAUGCCGCACCCCCCCUCCCCCCUCCACCAGCUUCAAGGCGUUGUGCAACGGCAUGCUGAUGAGCAUAUCGGGCCAGUCGCUGCUGGCCCUGCUGGCAUGUCACAUGUGAUUCCAUCUCUCACCCUCACAUGCGCGGCACCCCCCUCCUUCCCCUCCCCCUCCCCUCCCCCUCCCCCAACCAGCUUCAAGGCGUUGUUCAACGGGAUGUUGAUGAGCAUAUCAGGCCAGUCGCUGCUGGCACUGCUGGACGCCGAGUCCGCCCUCGUGCAGUUCGUUGAGGUCGAGGGCCACGCCCUCAUCGCUUCUGCUCCACCUCCUUCCGCUGCUGCUGUUGCUGCUGCUGCUGCCGCUGCAGCUGCCUCUACUAGUAUUGCCACAACCACCGCUGGCGCCGAUGCCACUGCUGCUGAUGAUGGAGAUGCGUCUGGUGGUGGUCUUGAUGGGUCAUCUUCUAACAGUUCGGCUGUUCUAGCAUCCGCAUCUCUGGUCACGCGCACUCAGCGCAAGCCCCUCUCGUGGGGGCUGGACCGCAUAGACCAGCGCCCAGGCGCGCCUGCCCUGGAUGGCGCCUACUCCUAUCCCGCCUCUGCGGGUGCAGGCGUGCACGUCUAUGUGGUGGACACGGGCGUGCGGUGCUCCCACAGCGACUUUUACUUCUCAGACGGCCGAAUCAACCCCGCCACGCGCCGCCCUGCGUCUCGCUGCCUGCCGGGAGUGGACACGGUGGGGGAUGGGCGCGGGCAGGGCAUGGCGGACUGCAACGGCCAUGGCACCCACUGUGCUGGCACGGUAGCAGGCCUGCUGAGCGGAGUAGCAAAGAGCGCGUUCAUCCAUCCAGUGCGCACCAUGGACUGUGCGGGCAACGGGGCAUUCGGGGACAUCCUGGAGGGGUUGGACUGGAUCGCCCGCCACUACCAGGCGCCCGCUGUGGUCUCCAUGAGCAUCACCAUGGCCACCUCCGCUAGUCUUGAUGCUGCUCUCAAGGAACUUGUUGAGAAGACAGCCAUCACUGUGGUGGCAGCAGCAGGAAACUUCUUCUCGCUUGCAUGCAACUACUCGCCAGCGGACAGUGAUGACGUGAUAGCAGUGGCAUCCAGCACCAGCUCUGAUACCAUGAGCUGGUUCUCCAACUACGGCUCCUGCACCGACAUCUUCGCACCAGGGGAUGAGAUUGUGAGUGCGGGGUCGGCAUCAGACACUGCAAUGGCAACCAUGUCCGGGACAUCCAUGGCAUGCCCGCACGUGUCAGGAGCAGCAGCUCUAUACCUGUCCAUGCAGCCGUCCGCGCGCCCCAGGGACGUGCGCAAGGCACUGUACGACACGGCGUACCAGAAGGCAGUGCAGGCAGUGAAGCCCAGCACGGUGCCGCGCCUGCUGUCUGUCAACUUCCGCCCCCUGCUCGUGGAUGUGGCCCCACGCUCCUUCCUCUCCAUGCUUGAGGGCGCCACUGCACGCAUCAAGGUGCUGCUGCUCAAGGCGCCUGGAGCCGAUGUGGUGUUAACUGCCACAGCUGCUGAUGCCAGUGUUGCGUCCUUCUCGCCGCCGCGCCUCACCUUCCCUGCGCGCCGCACACCAGCCGCACAAUACAUCACCAUCCAACUCGCCUACUCGCCCAAGUACCUGGAUCGAACCACGCUGCUGGCCUUCACCUUCACCAGCAAGGACUCCGCCUUUGGGGCAUCCCUGGAAGGAUAUGCCGUGGCACUCGACAAAGAUGUGUGCAAGGCGCCGUGUGGGCAGAGUGUGGAGCAGCCCAAGGUGGUGCCGGCGCUGCCCUUCUAUUACGAGGAUGACAGCACGCACUACCGUGACCUGUACAACGCCAAGCUUGACAAGUGCCAUGACACGGGGCCUGAUGUGGUCUUCCAAUACACGCCACCCCAGAACAUGGUGGUGUCAGUGGACCUGUGCAGCCUUACCGAGUUUGACUCGGUCCUCAGCGCAUACGAGCGCACCAAGCCCGGAGCUAAGCCGGUAUCCAUCGCAUGCAACGACGACUCCUGUGGCACCAAGUCGAAGCUCUCAGGCCUCAUCCUCGCCAAGGGAACCACCUACUUCUUUAUGGUGGACGGGUGGGGAGGCACAGGGGGCAAGUUCGCAAUCAACAUGGUUGUCACCAAGGUGCUCAAGGCCCUCGACGCCAAGGCACCCCGUAACAAGGCGUUCCAGCCCAUCCGCUCCAAGGCAGUUAGCGCAAAUGCGCUCGCCUCUCUGCGAUCCAUGCCUGUGCCACCACAGUCUCACCAGCUUCAUCCGCUCCUCUCUCUGCCCAUCAAUCCCACCUCCUCCCACCCUUCCUCCUCCCACCCUACUUCUUCUGAGUCCGAUGGUGGCAAUGCUAAAAAAGGUGGCAGUGGUGCCAGUGCUGCGAAUCUCUCUUUCUCCUUCGCUUCGCCAAGCCACCUCUCUCAUCCACCCCGCUUCAUCUACAUGAAUGGCAGUACUCCCAUGCCGCUCGCCCCCGCCAGUGGCCCUGGUGUGGGGGCGCGUGAUGAGGGCUCAGGUGCUGACGCCAAAGGCUCUUACCGCGUGCUGACAGGGCCCUGGGGAGAAUGCUCCGUGUCGUGCGGUGUGGGGCAGCAGCAGAGAAUGGCGUGGUGUGUGGACGCCCAGGGAAUGACGGCCAAAUCGCCUCUCGCCAGCUGUCCGCUGCUCCCUGCUGUGCCCACCACUCAGCCAUGCCAGCUGGCACCCUGCACACGCGGUUACUGGGACGUCACACAGUGGCAGGGCUGCAACGUGCCAUGCGGAGGGGGUGUGAACGUGCGGUCAGUGGUGUGUCGAGACGCCGUGCAGGGCAACAUGCUCGACGACUCCCGCUGCCCCUCUGCCCCCCCUUCCACCAACCAGUCCUGCAACACACAGCCAUGCUCUAUCCACAUCUGGAGUACUCGCAGCUGGUCCCCAUGCCAGUACUCCCUAACCCUAUUGUCCGAUGUGCGCUCUGUGUGUGAGCAUGAGAGGCCAAUCAGUGCAAGACUUGUUCUGCUCCAGCUCAGUCUUAUAAUUCCUUCUGCUCCCUUGCCGUCUUCCCCACCCCCACCCCUUCAUCCAUGCAGCAGGGAGCAUGUGUGUGCAGGGAGGGAUGGAUGGGCAAUCAGUGCAGCAAGCCUCACCCCUGUGGAGGCAGGCCCUGGGAUUGCGCCAGCACGUUGGGUUUGCAGCACGUCUCAACCCAACGCUGCAGUAGCCCGUCAGAGAGUGUCCCGGUUAUCUUUUGGAGCUAACGGUUCAUGCUGUGAGAGUGGCCGAGUGGACGCCUGUGGAGUCUGCAAUGGCAAUGGAAGCGCCGUGGACGUAAGGGGAGACUGCUGCACAUCGGGUCUGAGGGACGACAUGGGCGUGUGCUGCCCCUCUGCCCGCCUCGAUGCCUGCGGGCGAUGCGAUGGGGACGACACCUCCUGCGCGCUCCUCGCCACCGUUGCCAUGCGGGUACCGUUCUCGCAGUCAGUGGCCUCGCAUGCUCUCGAGCUUGCCUCCAGCACCGUCCAUCCCAGCUUGAAUGAUUAUGGCUCCCUUAACAACAGCACGGAUGGCGAUAGAGGCAAUACAAGUGCAGGUGACAGUGCAGGCAGCAGCAGCAACCAUCACUUCAGCGACUUUGCUUCCGCCUUCAUCAAUGGGAUGUCUGAGAUCCUGGACGUUCUACCACAAGCCAUCUCCUUCCUCUCAAUCACACCAGCGCCAUGCCUGCCGGACUUCCCAGGAGCUUCGUUUCCAAACCAGAUUUCCUCAGCCACCGAACCUAACUCCCAGGCUGGGCAGCCUAGGUCUGGGGUGGAGCAAUCAGACCAUGCGUGGGAGUGGGAGGGGGGGUGUGGGCAGCUGGAUGACACGAACAGCCCCAGAGGCAUUUCAGUGCAAUUCGUUGCGCAACCCCUCGCGGUGGGAUCCACAACACCCCGCAUGGCAGAGACCAGCUUCCGGGAGGCGCUGGUGCAGUAUGCUCAGGACAGCAUGCAACCCCCAACCACGCCAUUUCUGGGCGUCCCUGGGGCUUCCUUCAUCUCGCUGCUCUCAUCAACCCGCCUUGGCAUCUGUGGAAACAACAUAUUGCUGAGUCUUCUUGCUGCCCAGAAGACUGCCCAUUUGUUUCGCUGGCGUGUCCAGCUUCUGAUGAUGGCCAUGGGAGAAAUUCUGCAUGCUCUGGGUUUGGACGGUGCCUCGACUUCACAGGCACAUGUGACUGCUUCUGGGGUCAUGUUGGUGAAGAUUGCUCCCAGUGUGCUGCUGGAUGGGCAAUGUCACCAGUAA